GGAAGUCGUCGCUCAAACCAAAAUUCAACUGUCGUUUGUACAGUUUCUGAAAUACGAGUGAAUUGACGCCGCUGACUCGUUCAAGAAGACAUAGUGGUUCCGCUAAAACCCGCCAAGAAGCUCAAAGAUGGCGCAGGAAAACAUUUUCCUCUUCGUUCCCAAUUUAAUCGGUUACGCCCGUGUGGCGUUGGCCCUGAUCUCCUUCUACCUGAUGCCCUGCUGUCCGUGGCCGGCGGUCUUCUGCUACCUGCUCAGCGCUCUGCUCGACGCGUUUGACGGCCACGCUGCACGAGCACUCAACCAGUCCACCAAGUUCGGAGCCAUGAUGGACAUGUUGACAGACCGCUGUGCCACCAUGUGUCUGCUGGUGAACCUGUCCCUGCUCUACCCCUCCUUCACCUUUCUGUUCCAGCUCAGCAUGUGUCUGGACAUCGCCAGCCACUGGCUGCACCUGCACAGCUCCACGAUAAAAGGAUCAGCCAGUCACAAGACCAUCGACCUCUCCGGCAACCCCGUCCUCCGGAUCUACUACACCUCCAAGCCGGUGCUGUUUGUGAUGUGCGCUGGGAACGAACUCUUCUUCUGUCUGCUCUACCUUCUUCAUCACAUCCCAGAACCUGCUGCCUGGCUCUACUGGCUUCAGGGACUCUGCGGGACCAUCUGCCUGCUGAAGUCCGGCAUCAGCCUCCUGCACCUCAUCACCGCCUCCCAGAACAUGGCCGCCAUGGACGCCGCCGAGCGAGAGAAGAAGCAGUGAGGAGGUCGGAGAGUCCAGCGACAACAAAUCCAUCAUCACAGGUUUUUAUUUAUUCAGAUUCUCUAGAGGGGAACAGGAGGCUGCGUGGACUGAGGCGACUUUAAAAAGACGUGGAAACGAUUUUUUCUUUUCUUUUUUCUUUUUUUAUGACCAAAUAUGAAUCAUAAGAAAUUCCAACUCCAGGCAGGUGAGAGGCUGAAAGGUCAAAGACAAAACAACAGAUUCCAGUUUUCUCUGCUCUGAUCCAUUUUUACAAACAAACAGUGAAGAUGUGGUGAUUUACACUGUGAUAUCUGUGGUUUUACUUCACCUCAGAAUCUGUAUAUCACAAUAUAAACUCAUACCGUCACAUUUUAUCCAUAUCAUUAGAUGGUGAUAUUUCUGGCCCCGGUUUGUUCCUCCCCUCAGCUGUGAUCACACCUCAGUCACACACAUUUGUCCAUAUUAAAUUUAUUUUGGAGCUCUGAUCCGUUAAUUGAAACACUAGUCAGCGGAUUAAUCAAUAAUGAGAAUUAAAUGCAGCCGUAGUUAUUUAAUGUUGGAGCUGAAUGAUGCAGCUUCUCAGAUGGGAGGAUUUCCUGCUUUUUGCUGUUUGAUAGAUUAGAAACAGAUUAUAGAUUUAAUAUUGUAAAUAAUAUAGAUUUAAUAUGCUGUUUGAUUGUUGGUGACAUUCGACUUUGGAAACUCCUGCUGGGCAUUAUUCACUAUUUCCUUUCGUUUUAUUGACCAAAAUAUUGAUUGAUUGAUCCGAAAAGUAACUAAUGAUGAAAAUAAUCCAAUAUUUGUCAUUUCCAGCUUCAUUUGCUUGAAUGAAAUGAUUUAAAUUUCUUAUUUUUAUUGGGUUUUUUUCUAUAUGUUUUGAUUGUCGUGUUUUUUUUUCUUCUGAAAAUUCCUUCAACACAGUGGAAACUAGUUGAACGACCUUUUUGGUUCAUUUAUCUUCUUCACUCUGUGACUUUAAUGUGAAGAUGAUGCAGAGAAACAAACUGGAGCCAGAACAACUUCAUGAUCUGAGUUUCUUUCCUCCCGAGCAGAUCUUUGUUCUGUGGAUCAUUUUAAUCCUGCGGCUCCUGAAACAAUUAAUAUCAGAUUAAUAUUCACUGUUUGUUUGUGAAACUCGCCGUCGAGCUCAGAGACGGUGACAAACACCUCACUGUGUCGGCGCCGCCUCAUUUCCCUUCACAUCAUUCUCAUUGUGUCUGACAGUUAAAGCUCCGUCACUCACAGUUUCCUUCCAUAGUCUGACAUCCAUCUGGUGUCUGAACACGACGCUUUAAAAAGACUAAAUAUCACAUUUAUUCAGAAAUGUAUCAAUGCAAAAAUAUCACUGAUAAAUAUUAUAGUAUAUAUAUAUAUACUGUAUAUAGUCUAGUUCAUACUGGUAACCAGAACAACCAGUAUGAAGAAGAAGAAGAUGAAAUGCAGAUUGACAGCUGACACAUUCUCUCUGAGCUGCUGUGAAGCUGCUUCUCUUCAUGGCGUCAUUAAUGGUCGAUAAGUCUUUGAUUAAUGUUUUAUUGAUCAGUUAUAAACCACUAAUGCAAAACAUUUGACCUGUAGAAAAUUCACCAGAAACUAUUUUUGAGCAGGAAAAAUGCAAAUAAAACAAAUGUCACUGGUUUUCUUAAUAAACUGAAGAGCAAAAAACAAAGACAAAGGAAGUAUGAUGCAGGAUAAACACCUGGGGCCAGUUGCACAAAAACACCUUAAGUUAAGAUUUUCCUUAAAGUCUGAGUUAAUGUUUCCUUUUAAAUAAAAA